GCGGCGGCAUCGCCGUCGGCAUCAUCUUCGCCGUCGGUGUCGACGUCGGCGUCGUCAUCGGCGGCGGCAUCAUCGUUGCGAGGGUCGGCGGCGGCAUCAUCAUCGCCGUCGGUGUCGACGUCGGCGUCGUCAUCAUCGUUGCGGGGU